CCCUCCCGCCACCGCCAAGGUGUUCGACCAAAUGGCAUCCUCCGCCGCCAUGGACCUCUCCCUCCUCAACCCGGCGGCAAUGCGCCGCCACGCCGCCUCCGCCAGGCCCCGCGUCGCACCCUCGGCCGCUGCCGCCCUCGGGCGGCGCGUCGUGCGGUUCCGCGUGGCGGCGUCGUCGUCGGGGACGGCCGCGGGCGCGAAGCCCGCGGCCAAGAAGCGCGGGAAGACGGAGAUCCAGGAGACGCUGCUGACGCCGCGGUUCUACACCACCGACUUCGACGAGAUGGAGCGGCUCUUCAACGCCGAGAUCAACAAGCAGCUCAACCAGGAGGAGUUCGACGCGCUGCUGCAGGAGUUCAAGACGGACUACAACCAGACCCACUUCGUCCGCAACCCGGAGUUCAAGGCCGCCGCCGACAAGAUGGAGGGCCCCCUCCGCCAGAUCUUCGUCGAGUUCCUCGAGCGCUCCUGCACCGCGGAGUUCUCCGGGUUCCUGCUCUACAAGGAGCUCGGCCGCAGGCUCAAGAAAACGAACCCGGUGGUGGCCGAGAUCUUCUCGCUCAUGUCCAGGGAUGAGGCCCGUCACGCUGGGUUCUUGAACAAGGGGCUGUCUGAUUUCAACUUGGCACUGGACCUCGGGUUCUUGACCAAGGCCAGGAAGUACACCUUCUUCAAGCCCAAGUUCAUCUUCUACGCGACCUACCUGUCGGAGAAGAUUGGGUAUUGGAGGUACAUCACCAUCUUCAGGCACCUCAAGGCGAACCCGGAGUACCAGGUGUACCCCAUCUUCAAGUACUUCGAGAACUGGUGCCAGGAUGAGAACCGGCACGGCGAUUUCUUCUCCGCGCUGCUCAAGGCGCAGCCGCAGUUCCUCAACGACUGGAAGGCGAAGCUCUGGUCACGGUUCUUCUGCCUCUCGGUGUAUGUGACCAUGUACCUAAAUGAUUGCCAGCGCACUGCAUUCUAUGAAGGAAUUGGCCUGGACACCAAAGAAUUCGACAUGCAUGUGAUCAUUGAGACCAACCGCACAACAGCAAGGAUUUUCCCAGCUGUUCUUGAUGUUGAGAACCCUGAAUUCAAGAGGAAGCUAGACAGGAUGGUUGAGAUCAACCAAAAGAUCCUUGCUAUAGGACAGUCUGACGAUAUCCCCCUGGUGAAGAACCUGAAGAGGAUUCCUCAUAUCGCCGCGCUGGUGUCGGAGAUCAUUGCUGCGUACCUCAUGCCCCCGAUCGAAUCUGGCUCCGUCGAUUUUGCUGAAUUCGAGCCCCAGCUUGUUUACUGAUUUAGUAGGGAUGAUCAUCUCCAACCUUGUCCUUCAAGAGGCAUGCUGAUACUCUCUGCCUGGGGGCUUUGAGCGAUGAGAUGAUGGGUUGUUAGCAGAAUCUGCACCUUGUGUGUUCCUUUGUAAAGUAUUUAGACUUCAACAAUGUACCAUUUGACAAGCUUUUGUUAUGAUCUCCAUGUAAAUGGCAGUGAACUGCAUCACAAUGGGGGUCACAGUUUUCCAACGGAAGGAGAAUUAUUUGAUGUUUUCUUGAUACUUGAUACUUAA